AUGUUCUGGAGGUUUGGCGGCUACGCCAACAUCUCGACCAUCGACACCAUCCUCGACAAGCCCGACUUCACCCUCGAAGAGCUGCUUGAGGAGGCUGACCUGAUACAGGAGCUGAAGCAGCACAACUCCAAGCUCAUCGAGUUUCUGCGCGAGGACAAGGUGCUCGAGAAGCUCCUCGAGUAUACUGUUGCCCCAAAGCUCGAGGCCGUCGAAAGCGCUGAGGAGCCCGCCGAUGAUGACAUCAAGACAAAGGGCCGCUUGCUGCCCUUCUCCCGCCCUCGCGCAUCCUCGCGCGCCACCGAUCCCGGCGAAAAUGACGACGAGCUGGACAAGAAGCGCAACCGUUAUGCACAUCUGAUCCGCGACUUUUGGAACUUCCUCUCUCGGCCUGCGCCGCUGGACCCUCUGCAAGCCAGUUACUUUACCAAGGUCAACGAGUCGCUCUUUGAGAAGAAGACGGAAGAGAUGAUGGAACUGCUUUGGAGCUUGCCCAAUGUCAUUCCCGAUAUGCUGAGGCACGUUGAGUGUCCUAUGGUCAUGGACCUGCUGCUCAAAAUUAUUGCCCUUGAUCGCACAGAAGGUGGUCAAGGCGUUGUUGAGUGGCUGUAUUCCAAGGACAUUAUUCCAACACUCAUUUCUUUCCUCGGUCCUGAGCACAGUUGGGUUGUGCAGACCGCCGCAAGCGAUUUCAUCAAGGCCAUCAUCACCAUCUCUGCCAACGCCUCGCAGAACGAACAGCAGUGCAUCGGCCCCAACGAGCUCACACGUCAGCUCGUUUCAAAGCCCUGUGUCGAGCAACUGGUUGGUUACAUGCUUGGAGGAGGCAACCCUCUGACUGUUGGUGUCGGCAUCAUCAUUGAGGUGAUUCGGAAAAACAACUCCGACUACGAUCCGGACGUUGGAACAGAGGCCAACACCACGCCUUCCAGUCGCGACCCCAUUUACCUCGGUAAUUUGUUGAGGCUUUUUGCCCAGAAUGUGCCCAAGUUUAUGAACCUCAUCAUGAACGAGCCUUCAAAGAAGCAGGGUGUCGACUCGACUUUCAACGAGAAGCUCGAGCCUCUUGGAUUCGACAGGUUCAAGACUUGUGAGCUCAUGGCAGAGCUUUUGCACUGCAGUAACAUGGGCUUGCUCAACGAGAUUGGCUCGGAACAGUUGAUUGCAACUCGAGACUUUGAGCGUCAGCGCCUUCGAGCCGAGGGCAAGCUGACUCCCCGAGACGAUGACGGAUCUGCGGAUGACUUGACGAUGCGCAUCCCUCACCCGUCCCACCACGAAGAGGUCCGCCGCCUGGAAGUCACCAAUGCCGAUGAUGAUGGCUUUGAAGAGGUGGAGCCCACCAAUGAGCUAAACGAGGACACUUCCCACGAGUUUGUCAAGGCCGAGGAUGACAUUGCACCAGGCGCGAACGCAUCUUCAUCUUCCUUCCUCGAAAAGGACGAGGAGGAAUUUGUCGACGAGCCUCUCAGCUCUCCUCGACUAGCAGUGGCCACGGCGGGGCUGAACGAACAGCGCUUUGAAGUACCGGACCUCGUUGUUGCGCCGCUUUCACCCACAAAGGCAAAGUCUCCCGAGCUGGCGAAAACGGAAGUGGCGAACCCUCCUGCCGCCGAGAAUCAGAGCAAGGCUAUUGCAGGGGAACAAAAGCCUGAGACAGUUGCAACUGUUCUCUCUGGGCCUAUUGUAGUAGAGACAGCUGGCGCAGGCAACACAGUGGCUUCAGAACAAUCUGAGACUGACUCCUCGUCCCAAUCCGAAACCACAAAGCCUGGGUUGCAGCCAUCACCGCUGCCCAAAGACGAGGUGAAGAAGAGCGAACCAGUCACCAGUACUCCUCAAGAAGCCCCCGUCACUGUUGCUGAGUUGGUUCCUGAGGAAAUUGAAAAAUCUCGUGGCCUAUCCCCCCAUCCUGAAGAUACCCCGCCCCCUCUCUUCUCCGUUCCCCUUGCCCCUGAUUCCGGUGUCCAAGAGCCACCACAGUCAUUUACACCGCCCCCAGGCACUGAGCCAGCCCUUGCUGAAGCUGCAGCUAGCGAAAAGCCUGCAGAGACAGCAGCAGGCGAUGCCACCGAAGCUGUUGUGGGCGACUUUCUGAAAAUGCAGUUUGUUGAGUAUCGUGUUGUUCCGGCGAUAUUGUCAUUUUUCUUUGCGUAUCCUUGGAACAACUUCCUCCACAACGUCGUGUAUGAUAUUGUACAGCAAGUGUUCAACGGUCCGAUGGACCGUGGUUUCAACCCGACACUGGCCGUGUCUCUCUUUGAGGCUGCCGACAUCACCAGCGCCAUCAUCAAAGGCCAGCAAGCCAGCGACGAAUCUCAGGCCAGGACCAAGACACGCAUGGGAUACAUGGGACACCUCACGCUGAUUGCUGAGGAGGUUGUCAAGUUCACCGAACGCCACCCCCCGGAGCUUCUGUCAGAAAUGGUCCUCGACAAGGUUAUGAGCCAAGAUUGGAUCAAUUAUGUGGAAGGUGCUCUCGCGGAAACAAGAGAGCGAGACAAUGCAAUUCUGGGUGGCGUUCGGCCCGAGGUGGCCUUGGGACACCGAGCCAGCCUUGGUGCUAGUGGCUUGGGCGGCAUCGGCUUGUCAGGCCUUGCAAACACGGCCAGCGGAUCGAAUGCUUUGGCAGAGGCUGGCCUCAAUGGCGGCAUGGAGAUGAACGAGGGAGAUGGUAACGGAAUUGGUCCCUUUGCGAUCAGCGCGGGCACUCUGAUGUCUGGAUUUGGAAGUAGUAGCGACGAAGACGACGAUGAGGGCGAUGGGGAUGAAGAGGAUGUGAAUUCCGAGUUCCGAUCUUAUACUGACCCGCUGAACCAGGGAUCGUUGGCUCCGCCGUCUAUCCCGCCUCCUCCUCCGCCACCGCCUCCGCUGAACAUUCCGCCUUCGAGAGCUCGGCUGCAGCUUGCGGCGCGGCUGGCAAUGCAUCAGAAGAAUAAUCAAGCUGCACAGGCCACUUCGGCCACGGUUCACGAUGACAAUGAUGAUGAUGACGACGACAACCUUGAAGACCCGUUUGGCGAUGGAGAGGCCGAUAUUGAUGACGACUUGGACGACGAAAUGUCUGGCAACAUAGGUCGUGGAUCAUGGUGGAGAGGUGUUGUUAACAGGAGAAGCGGGCUCGAGGAGGAAGACUCUGAUGACGACGAAGAAGAAUUUGGAGAUUUCGCCAUGCCGGAGGAAGACAAGGGCGGAGAUGGACAAGAUCAGGACAACGUGGUGUUGAAGCCUCUUGCAGUCCACCCGCCUAGGGAAAGCAGUAGAGGCUUAAGCGGCCUGUGGCCCUUUGGCUCAAGAGCAGAGAAAGAGAAGAGCGAUGGCAAGGACGAGCAGAAGGGCGAUGACGAUGCUCGCAUGGCAGGCGAGGGAGAUGAGGAGCCUGAGAAGAGGGCGAUAGAAGUCAAGGAGGCACAGCGAAGAACCAGCAUUGAAGAUGAUGACGACGAUGACGAGACUAACGUGGGGACGGAAUACGGAGCUGAUUUCAAGGCUUAG